UCCGCCUAGCAGAACCUGUGCUGCACAGCUGGGUCCCUGCACUCUGGCGCUAUGGACGUAUCGUGGGCUACACAAGAGAGUGAGGCCGUGGCAGAGAAGGUGCUCCGGUACCGGCGGGACGAGUCCGGCUGGAAGAAGUGCCGGGAAGGCAAUGGAGUUUCAGUUUCCUGGAGGCCAUCUGAGGAGUUUCCAGGGAAUCUGUACCGAGGAGAAGGGAUUCUGUGUGGGACACCGGCAGAGGUGUGGGAUUGCAUAAAGCCAGUUGCGGGAGGCCUCCGGGAGAAAUGGGAUGACAACGUGACCAGCUUUGAAGUUGUCCAAAGCAUCACGGAUAUGCUGUGUGUGAGCCGAACCUCCACACCGUCAGCUGCCAUGAAGCUUAUUUCUCCCCGGGACUUUGUGGACUUGGUGCUAGUGAAGAAAUAUGAAGAUGGCACCAUCAGUUCCAAUGCUACCCACGUGGAACAUCCAUCGUGUCCCCCAAAGCCAGGUUUUGUGCGAGGAUUUAACCAUCCAUGCGGAUGCUUCUGUGAACCAUUGCCAGGGGAGCCCAACAAAACCAAUCUGGUCACAUUCUUCCAGACAGACCUGAGUGGCUACCUCCCUCAGAGUGUGGUAGACUCCUUCUUCCCUCGCAGCAUGGCUGAGUUCUACCCCAACCUUCAGAAGGCCGUGAGGAAGUUCCAUCACUGACAUAGUUGCCUCUUGGCAAGAGAUACCCUUCAGGAGCUCCAGCUGGUGAUCCUCAAAGAACACGGAAGAGCUACUGCGGCCUUUUGAGAUGCCCUGGUGAACAGGAAGUCUCUGGGUGCCAGUCCAGGACAGCAGUCCCUCUCCCUCUCCCCCCCACACCUCCUUCCUCUUGGUGCUGGUGUGGAAGGAGCUGUCCAUCAGCCUGUGGUGGUACACAUCUGGGCAGAUGUGGCAGUGCAGAUACUGCUGUGGCCACCAGACGAAGACAUGGCUCAAGCAUCCUUUGAUUCCUUGUGGUCCAGGGCCCUGUACACUACUGUCACACACCUGUCUCUCUGCUGGUCUUAGAUAACCAACUGUCUUCUAUCCUGGUCACUAAGUCCUGCUUUCUCUGGCAUCUGGAGUUCCCAGGCUUUUCUCCCAGACUCCUGUGUUCAUUUUCUGAUGCAGUUUUAUAUACCAGUUUUUAACACAAGACUUUCCCCCCUUACAAAGAUGUCCAACUUGGAAAAUACGUUUUAAGGCCCAGAAUAAGCCUUAAGGAAAAACACUUGCUACCUAAUAUUUGUUAUAUCUUCUGUCCGAAUCAUCUUUUCCUAAAUGUUUGUCCCUUCAUGAGUUGAUAUUAGCUCAUGUCCCCAUGAAACCAGUUUGAAUCUGA